UUAUUACCCACAAUAGACAAAAGCAAUGAUUUUUGUGAACCACAACUGAAAGCCGCAAGUGAGAGAGCGAGAGUUACUGUUGUGAACUGGAAAAUGAUGAAAACCUUAACAAGCUCUUGUUGCUCCAAGCCCAUCAUUGAGAAGCAUAAUGAUGUCGGGUUUUCUUGUUUCAAGGAUCUUUCUCUUAAUAGACCUCAACUAUGCUUAUUUCCUUCAAAAGAUGUUGUUAGAAUCCGGUCCUUGCAUUUGCUUUCUCUGCAACACAAGCGUCUGCAUCCUCUUCUUUCAUCACAGGACUCGCAGGUGGAGUUGGAAACGGUGGAAACUCAACCUGAACAAGAAAUUCCAUCAAAGACUGUUAAUGUCAGAUUCCAGUUAGAGAAGGAGUGCUCCUUUGGAGAACAUUUUUUUAUAGUAGGUGAUCAUCCAAUGUUAGGGUUAUGGGACCCUGAAAAUGCUGUACCACUGACUUGGUCUGAAGGACAUGUUUGGACAGUAGAGCUGGAUGUACCUGUUCGAGUAUCAAUCCAGUUCAAAUUCAUUCUUAAAACUAGCACUGGGAACCUUUUAUGGCAGCCGGACCCUGAUCGGAUAUUUGAAUCCCGUGAAACUGAGACCAAUAAUACCAUUGUUGUUUGCGAAGACUGGGAUAAAGCUGAAUAUCAGAAAAUUAUAGAGGAAGAGGCAUUAACUAAUCAAGACGGACCUCUUCUUGAUUCUGAGAUGGCAAUCGUUGCAGAAAACUUGACACCUCCAGAGGAAGAACUAGUCCCUGACAUAAAUCAUACCUCUCCUGGAGAGGAGCAAUUACAAGCAUUACCUGAGGAAUUGGCCACUGGCAAUGGUGAUCCUUCACCAGAGAAGCCAUUGGCUAUUGUUGCAGAGAACAUUAGUUACCCAACAGAAGACUUCAUAGCAAAUGCUGCAGAUGAUGGAGUGCUUGAUUUGAAGAGAACUAACUACCCAGAUGAUGAAGCUUUGGAUAUUUCAAAUAAGAAUGUUUUGGUAGCAGAAGACAUUGGUGAUAUCAGCAGAGCAACUGAAGAAGUUGAGGGAAAUAUGAUAGCAUAUGAAGGUAAUCCUGUUCUAGUGCCUGGCUUGAGUCCAUUAACAACAGUGUCAACUGAAGAAGAGAUGUUGAGUGAUGAUGAGAAUAGUACAAUUAAUGCAUUGAUUGGAGUCGAUGAAGCCUUAGAUCACAAUUUGUCUGAGCAUAAUAAUGUUCAGUUAGAUGAGAAGCCAGAACCUGAAGGAGAACAAUCGGAAGAAGAAACAACUGCAGUAGCCAAGGACGAUGAGGAGCAGCUCAACCAGCAUAUUCAGGAGCCCCCAGUAGCCAAAGAAGAACUUCCUGAUGUGGCGCCUUUUCACAGAAAUGUGUUGCAAAGUGAUGUUCAGUGGGGUCGUAAAACAUUGCAGAAGCUUCUCAACGGUUUAAGAUUUCUAUAGCUCAUCUAGACUAAACUAGAUAUUACAUAUGGUCAAUGAAGGAUGCAUGUACAUACAAACACUGCUUCCUUUUAUUCUGUUGUGUAUUCUAUCAUGUGAAGUAACCAGAAUUUUGUACUAUGCGUUCAUGGUGUGUUCUGUAUUAAUAUCAGGAGUUAACAAGCAAUCCAUUUGGUAAUA